AUGUCGUCCCUCUGGAACGCCUUUUCCACCGGCAACAAGCCGCAACAGAAGCAGUCGCAGCCCGAGCCCACGACGACAUUCGGAGCCUCCUCCUCCUCUCCAAUCUACGACCCGACCGAAGGCCAGGGCGUCGAGUCCUUUCUCCAGAGCAGCGCCUUUGCCGACCCGUCGCAGCUGCACCCGCUCGCGGGCCUCAACAAGGAUACGCUCGAGUACCUGUCGCUAGAGGACUCGGCGCUGUCGGACCUUCCCGGUGGGCAAUCGGUUAUCCCCUCGCGCGGCUUCACCGACGACCUGUGCUACGGCACCGGCACCACGUACGUCUCGGGCCUCGCCAUCGGUGGCGCAUGGGGUCUCCAGGAGGGCCUGCGCAAGUCGGCCGGCCAGCCCCCUAAGCUGCGCCUCAACGCAACGCUCAAUGCCAUCACGAGACGCGGCCCAUUUCUCGGCAACUCGGCCGGCGUCGUGGCGAUUAUCUACAACAUGUUCAACUCGCUCAUUGGGUACUACCGCGGCAAGCACGACGCCGCCAACUCAAUCGCCGCGGGCGUGUUUAGCGGCAUGCUUUUCAAGAGCACGCGUGGUUUGCGCCCGAUGAUGAUUUCUGGAGGCAUCGUCGGCUCUGUUGCGGCCGCUUGGGCGAUUGCCCGACGAUCUAUCUUCGCUGUCCCCGAGCCCGUCCCCUCGGCCUCUACCGAGCUCGAGACCCUGUAA